CGGCGGAUCGUCGACGGUGUGUCGCAUCGGGUGCAGUUUCACCAACACAGAGGGGCGGCUUCGAGUACGCAGCACCUCAUUAUUCAAGAUGGCAAGGGAGAACGGAGGCGUCCCAUAAGGUGAUUGUAAACAAGAAGGCGUUUUCGAAACGAGGGACGGAUUUCUAACCAAGAAAGAGGUUCGUCGCGCUCUCUGACGUAAGGAAGAUGGCAAAGUCCGUAUUGAGCUCGGAUACCCUUCCAAAGGCAGGGCGAGUAAACGAGGUGUGUCGCGAGUGGCUGGUACACGAAGACGGCGCACUGGCUUACCGACUGCAGGAUGAAGAAAUUAAGGAGCAUUAUACGGGAAAUAAGGUACGCAAUGCUCAAGUACGGGAAGAUGCCCCGAGGGCCAGGGUCGAACAGGAACUGGAAGCCUUGAGAUACCAGAAUUAUGUUCAGCAACAAGAGGAACGGGAUGCCCUUGUCGCGAAGCAAAUAGCUCUAAAUCUGGAACGAGAAGAACGACACAAGGAACGAGAGUUGCAGGAAAGAAUGAGGUUGCAGUUGAGAUUGGACGACGAAGCAGCGGAGUUGGAGGCACGAUUGGUAAUCCAAAAGCGCGUUCAAGAAGAAAAGGAUCGGGAGCUAGCAAGGAAGUUGCAACAAGAAGAGGAAGAAGCCUCCGAGGAUACAGGAGAUGGUCCAAUUAACGAGCAGUUAUUACUCGACCAGAAAAUCGCGAUGGAGGCACAGGAUGCAGAACUGGCGCGGCUGCUGCAAGAAAAAGAACGAGCGAAGGCACGGCGAGCCAGGGAGCGAGCUAAACAGAGAAAACUGGAAAGGCAAAUGCAGCAACUGGAGGGGCAGAAUCUCGAGGAGAAACCUCCAAGACCCGACAAGCUGGAAUUAAAGGCAUCUCAUGACAGGACCAAGUCUCGUCAUAGCUCCUCCUAUCCAGUUUAUCCCGAUCCAGAGGAAAUUCAAGUAUUGGACGAAUCUAUAGAAGAGGUACGAGAAGUACCUAACGUCGCUGCCAUGAUCGAUCCGACCUACAAUGGAAACACUCAUCGAAGUACGUCCAGUGGUUCUAGUAGCACCGUGAGUCCUGGGUUCGCCCUGCCUAUGUCGCCACAAGAAUCGUUGAUAGACGAUGUGCCUUGCUACAUGCCUAUACCUGGUCAAAGACGUAAUCAGAACCAGUCUCCCUCGAGGAUGCACAAGGAGAAGCAGAAACGACGAGUUAAAGACGGAUGCAAACAGCAGUAGAGAACACAGGUGAGACGGUUUCAGAUGUUAAGGAUUAUUCCAGGGUCCUGAACCUUACGACUUUGCGACGUUCCCGUAUAGACUUAGCGUUAGGUGAGUGUACGGUGACAGUUUGUCAAUGAUCAUGAAACUCGAGAUAACCCCAAAAAUGCCUUAACGCAACGCGACGGAUCGCUGCGAUACUUCCGUGCAGAAGUAAUGCUAAGAUUGUAGUACGUACCGAUCCCUUUCAAAAUAAGAAGACUUCGUCCUGGCGCGAAGUUGGUCGUAUUAAUGUGCCUUGCUAAUGGGCAAAAUUCUCUUCACGCCUUAUACGGGCGUUUAAUUGAUAUAAUACCGAAACGGCCAUCCGCCGUACGAAACUAAUAUAGUAUUUGUAGAAUCGGCCCCGCUGUUGGCGAUAGCGCUCCAAAAGUGUACCGUCCUUGAAUCGAGUGUUAAUUUUGAUUCACAGGUUAUGUCAUAAGAAGUAACUUAGUACUUGCUAACAUUUCUUUGGAUACUUUCUUUGGGAUGUAAGGCUAACAUAACGAAACCGUAGUUGAAUCAGAAUGCGUCGAGCGAAUCGCAACACCCAGCGAUUCGUAGACACUUUUUCACUUUUUAUUCCUUUUUAACACGUCAAGAAUGAUUAGCACCGAUAACACGUGUUCGGCUAUUGCCUGGCGACGCCUAUUUUGUACAAAAGAACGUUUCAUUCGGUAUUCCGAGUUUAUUAUUCGGUUAGGAUCGUGAUUACUUUGAGAUCUCCGUGUCCGAAGGCUGUCCACUUUCCACUCUAAGGGGGAGAAACCGCAUUUUCCAUUCUUUCUUUCAUUUCCUUUGUUCUUCCUUUUCUUAGAUCAUGCCGCUAUCGGAAAUGAAUCAUAGUUUAAUAGACCAUUGAACAUUCAUGUCGAUCGUUCGGUUCGACGAACUCGAUCCGCCGGCUUUACCUUGUAUUACUUCACCGCGUAAUUACAACGACAAUGACAACACUGCCAAAGAUCUGAUACUUUAAUAUUUGGUUCGCGAGUUGAGAUCGGUCUGUACGAGACGUGUAAUAUCGAGGAUUAAAAUAUAACGGUGAUGUAUUCAUCGCCGGACGCGAAAAGUAGCACAAGAAACGCGGCUUCGUGAACUCACUGACAUUUCGCCGGGAAUUGGGCACAGGCGAUGGGAAUUCUCUCCCCGCGUAACACUUUUGCGACAGUGAAACGCAUUUGAGGGUCCAGGUCGGCCAUCUUGAAUUUUAACGAAAUUACGUAUUCACAAAUAACCUUUCGUCAAAAAUAUUAUUCUCGUCGUGGUAUACCGAUUGGGAAUCUUUCGUAAUUUCGUUUGACGUUAAAAUUCAACUUGGCCUGUGUGUGUUUAUUCGGACUCUUCGGAAACGCUCGUACCUGGAUACACGUUGCAAUUUCCGAAGAAAUUCAAUGAGAUUCACGACCUGUCGGGUCUUUGAUGCAUUAAGGCCUUGAUGAGUAGCAUUAAUUACAUACUAAUAAUUUAAUAAUCAGUCCAUACUAAUGAUGGAGCGUACGAUUGUUGAUUCCGGUAACUUUCGGUUAAGAAAAGGAUUACGUAUUUUUUAGUGACGGUAUUUGUUUUUAAUUCGACCGCGUAACGUCUGUAGAUAUACUCGGGUUAAGUUUUCGAAACUCUUGGGUCCUCUUAUAUCAAUAAGUUGUACUUCCCUAGUAUUAUAAUUUUCUAGUUGACUUUUGGAGGGGAUCUCGAAUUUACGAGACAUGCAAUAAAGAGUAUGGAUGCGUACCCGUUAA